GCCGUUCGCUUCACGGGUCCUUCGCGCGGCGAGUGAACGUCGUGCCGACGUUACCGAGCACCACGUGGCGGUUUCGCGACGGCGGGGUCCUAAAACGUGAGAGACGGACGGAGAAGGGAAGUUUGAUUCGUUUCGUCGAUCGAAACGCCCGCGGACGUAAACUACGCGCGGAUCUUCGCCGACAUGUCGCCGACGGCCCGCUGCUCCCGCGAGACCGCGCCGCUCAGGGAACGUCCGACGGCGGAGUGAUAGUUUCCUCACGGCCAGUGUCGCCGGUGAAAAAAGUGAUUCCGCGUUCCCGAGGGUCCGCCCCCCUCCCCGCCCCGCCCCGCCGGAGGAAAUACGGGCGCGUCGCGGUUUCUCGGCGUGGCCGACGGAGAGUGUUCACCCCGUGGAUUCGCACAGAUCCCCGCGGAUCCGGCCCGCGGCGCGGUGGCUCGCGCGAGCGUUUCGCCGUGCCCCCCUUUACUAUGCGGGAGCUCGGCCGAGUUCCUCUCUCUCUUUCCCUCCACCCGGUCGGACGUGCCCCGUGAUAUAUAUUAAUUGACAAUUGACGAAGGAAGAGGCUGCCGUCUCUCGCUCCUGGACCUCCCCUCCGCCAACCCCCGAUCGGCGCGACAAUGGCUGCGACCUUCGAUCAGUAUGACAAGUCGAGCUGGUACUUUGGCGCUAUGUCACGACAGGAUGCGUCUGACUUAUUGAUGGGUGAGAAGGAAGGUGGUGUAUUUUUAGUACGAGACAGCACCUCCAUACACGGCGACUUUGUGCUGUGCGUGAGGGAGGACAGCAAAGUUAGCCACUACAUCAUCAAUAAGAUCCAGCAGGGAGAUCAGAUUCGUUAUCGGAUUGGGGAUCAGAUGUUUCCAGAUAUUCCAAGUCUUCUCGCCUUUUAUAAGCUUCACUACUUAGAUACUACGCCCCUAAUCAGGCCAGCGCCAAAGAAAACGCAGAGGGUAAUUGCAAAGUACGAUUUCGAAGGCAACGAUUCCGAGGACUUACCCUUUAGGAAAGGUGAUAUACUCACUGUAAUAUCGAAAGAUGAGGAACAGUGGUGGACAGCUAGAAACAGUGUCGGCCAAACUGGCUCGAUACCGGUGCCGUACGUUCAGAAGUACGACGACGAUAGUCAUAUGAUAAUAGAGAAUAACUCGCGGCCUGAGAGCGGCGGCAGCUCCGGCUCCAAUUCGAAUUCGGGGCCUACGUCGCAGGUGUCUCAUGCGGAAACGACGGGACAGGCGACCGUAACGCGAAGAUCGAACAUUCAGAGAACACUGCCGGCCUUUGCCAAAGUGAAACAGGCGAGGGUGCCGAACGCGUACGAUAAAACCGCGCUAAAAUUAGAAGUAGGUGAUAUGAUAAAAGUGACAAAGACUAAUAUCAAUGGCCAGUGGGAAGGUGAAUUGCACGGCAAGGUCGGGCACUUCCCAUUUACGCACGUGGAGUUUGUAGAUAAUGAGACUGGUGAAGACAAUCAGGAGAUUUAACAGAAAUUCUCCGAGUGUGAUGGGCGCCGCGUGUGCGACACAAAGGGAAGAGAGACACCUCCUAUAUUAUCAAAAUUUAGGAUUACUAAUAACGUCUAUUAUAUGUGCCAUUUCAAAGAUGUGUUUACGCCUAAGUCUGAACAACUGUACAUUCUACAUUGCUGCAUGUAAUAUACUACGAGAACGAAUCCUAGAUUUUUGUGCAAUAUGUUGAAACGUAAGGAAAUGUUUAGAGAUUUGCGUUAGUAUCUCUGCAGUAUGUUAAUUUAGUCACGCGUCAAUUCAUCAUUUUAUAUUAUACAUUGCUAAUUGCCCAAAGCACAAGCAUAAUUUUAUAAAGUUAUUCUUAGAUGUAAUACGUAUUAAUCGUAUAUAUUGAUACAAUUUUAUUUUAUGAAAAAUUAAAACCAUGUUUCAGAAAUAAGUGAACAAAAUGAUUUUUGUAUAAAAAGCACAGUAUUUAUAAGAUAUAUAUACUCUGAUACAUAUUAAAUGGUUUUAAUUUACAGUUAUAUUUAUAUAUGUAGCUACCAUGUUACAUAUAUGAUACUCCACAUUUUUCUUAUAUAGAUAUUAAUAUAGCGCACUAGUUUAACAUUCACGUAUGUAUAAGUUUUUAUUGUUUAUUUAGAAAUUUAUUAGUGCUCGAGAUGAAUGGUUCGGUACACGCACAGUUCUUCAUCUACACUUAACGACCUCUCAUCAUGGAUUUGUUGAUUUUAUAGAAGAUUAUUGAUAAAUGUAAUUUAUCACUUUUUUAUUUAUAAAUAUUACAAUGGGGAAAAAAGUAUGUGUGUGCUCAUUAAAAUGUUUUAUUAGCAAAUGCUACAGUUAUAUUCCUAAAGUUGUGGAAUAGUAUAUUCUGCACCGAAUAUACCAUAAUGUCUUCUAGUCAUAAGUGACUAUGAUAAAAGCAUACUGUAUAUAUACUUGCUUGACAUUACUUCAUUUUAUUAUUAUUAACACUUCUAAAAGAAAUUAUCCGAGGCAUUUUGAAAUAUUUCGAAAGAAGUACAGUUGUUCUACAGGCUAUAAAACCUCGAUGUCAUGGUACAUAAAAUACCUGUUAGCCAUAGGUUGUGCCACCAAUUUGGAGCAACACAUUGUGCUAGAAAGUUGUAUUUAUAUAUAAUGAUGGAAAGGUUAAUUGUAUCAAAAAGUUGUUCAUGGUUUAUGCAGGAUACUUUGAUUAUUGAGAAUUAUUUUAAUAGCAGAUUCUUAAAUGAAUAUUGCGUUUUCAAUGAAAUUUUCAUUGGGAACAAAUUAUAAAAUUAUCAACUAUUGUACUGCUAUUGAAAUAAUAUGGUGAAACCAUCUUAUAUCGGGAUUAUACAAUAAAUUCUCAUACAUUGUGUAAUACGUGCUAUUUAAAAAAUAAGGCAAACUUGGACUAUCGAUUAUAUUCAUCGUUUUAUUAUAUUUUCGCAAUAUGAUUUUAGAUAAUGAUGCGUAAUAUAUUCCAUCACUCGGAUUUUUUUUUUUUUAAUUUACUACGUGCAUUUGACAUUUCCAUCAUCGUCGUUAUCAUCAUCGUCAUCAUUGUAGUCACAAGUUGCAUAAGUUCUCCGUAAUCUUCCUAAAAUUGUGCGCAGUAUUAAGAUUAAUAAAACUGGUAGUAUUCCAUAUCAAUAAAUGCGUUUAGGCAAGAUUCUCUUCCGUUUAAUGUUUAAAAUACGAUAAAAUAAAAAAAUGGUCCAAUUUAUACAUAUAUUUUUUGUCAAUUUUUUGAUAUGUGAAGUAAGGCAAGCUGAACAACAGAUAAUAGGCAGUUUCUUUGGCAGCAUUACGAGAAUCGACCAUGUAUUUAUAUAAGAUGAGACAAAGUUUUGGAAUGUGCCAUUAUGUAUAUUUUAUCUUUAAUUACCAAUAUUCCAAUGACAGAUGGUGCUUAAAUGAAUUUCAGCAUAUAGUGAUAUCAACAUACAAAUGUUUAAAUGUUUAAGUAAUUUACAUACGUAUAUUUUCACACGACAGUUACUUGAUUGUUAUGUAUAUUAAUUUGAGGAACUUCUAUUAUUUCAUCAAUAAGAAAGCAAAAUCACGAUAUAAUAUAAACUAUUUGGAUUCACAUUUUCACAUGCAUGACUCAUCAAAGGAAAUUCAUUUGUAUGUAUGACAUAGAAAUGAAACAAAUUUAAAUAUGGAUAUAGUAAUGUAUAUUUUUCUAUAAGCGUAUGCGCAUAUUUUUUGGUUUUUCUAAUAGUGAACCGAUUUCAUAAAUAAAAUACGAUAAUAAACGAUAAGAUUAAUAAUCAUUUAGACAAAUAUAUAUUUGUGUUGUAAUUUAUAAUAGAUUGUAAUAAUGUAACGUUCAAUUAUAGCACUCGAUAAUAAAUGAUUAC